AUGACGUUCUGCGAAGAGGAUCCCAAACUCUUCGACCGCGACCUCGAGUCCACCAAGGAAUUUCUGCGCACAAUGGCGGCGUUUCAGGCGUAAGUUUCCGCACAUGCUCAGAAAUUUGUUCGAUCCAUGAAAUUAGCAGUCUGUCGGGAAAAUAAUGGACAUUCUGUCGCAUCGAAAAUCGCAUCGCCGCCGGGAAAAUGAAUUGUGUUGCGGCGAAAUCAAAUUGCUUUUCACUUUAGCGACACAAUUGGCCCUGCGACGUUGUGCUCAUUAUUUUCCCGACAGACUGGUAUGAAACCAAAUCAGCUGAAAGGAGGUGCGAGGGCUCAUAUUUGGAUGAAACUUGAGGGCAGCAUUUCGAAAUAACACUAUUUUGCCCCAUAGCAGAUAUCGUAAUUACUCAAGGGACAAAUGAACCGUUUAUAAUUUUUUGACCUGACGCAUUCUACAAAAAAUGAAAACGGCGCCUUGCACCAUUUUUCAAGGGCUUUCCAAUGAUGUAUAAAACUUGCUGUUUGGUGAGGGUUUGUUUGUACACUUCUCUAGUAAGAAACUCCUAGCUCACGCUCUCAGAAACAUCCGGGAUUUUGAAGCCAAGAGUUGCGAAAAAUAUGGCACUUUUUUGCGAAUUUUGAGAUGAAAAGUCUCAUACCUGUUUCUAUCAUAGAGAGUAAUUUUUCCACAUAAAAUUAUUUAUUUUCUUCCAUGUGAAACUGAAAAAGAUAUGGCUAAAAAGUGAUGUUCUCUCUGGCCACCCUUCAGCGUUUCGCGUGCUCACAAGGCCUCAAGGUUCUUUGAAUACAGUGGCGUACCUGAUCCAGUGGCAAAAAACGUACCAUUUUGCAUCCGGGAAGUAUCAAAAUGUGGCAAAAUGCUUCGAAGCGCUUCCCUCUCGACGUGAAAAAAAGCUCCGAUUUUCUAAAGCAAACCCGCUCUUUUUAUGAGGAAAAAGGGUGUGCCUUUCAAAACAAAGUUUUUUCACUUGGAGAGGGAAGCAUUUUGCCACAUUUUUGAUGCUUCCCGGAAACAAAAUUUUUUGCCACUGGAUUGGUUUCGUCACUGUACGGCCAAAAACUAUUCUUCUCUCUGACCACCCUUCAGCGUUUCGCGUGCUCACUAGGCCUCAAAGUUCUUUGAAUAUCUUGACUGCGCCUGCAAAACGCGAACUAAGAUUUUCAGGGAUUGAUAUGUGACCUAUGCCCGGAAUAUGUGCAAAAUUUAAAGCAAAUCCGACAAAACAUUUCUUGCUUUUUGCACCGUGCAAAAGGCUCUUUUGGGCUGUCGCUGGACCCUAACUUUUUGCCCAGUGCAUGUCGCAAAAUCACUCCAGCGACUUGGCAAACGCACCAGCAUUAAGUUGACUAAUCUCCCUAACUUUUUUCAUCUCAAACCUGCAAAAUUCUUCAUUUUAUUCCGUCGUAUUUCAGCUUCUACGCGCCGCUCCACGGGUAUAUCUGUGUGUUCCUCUGCCUGUUCGGGUUCUCAUCCAAUUUCAUACAUGUCAUCGUGCUGACGCGGCAGUCGAUGCGCGGCAGCGCCGUCAACUCGAUCAUGACCGCCGUGGCACUCUGUGAUAUGGGUACGAUGGCCUCCUACCUGAUCUAUAUCUGUCAUUUUGUUCUCAAAGGAAAAUCACCUCAUAAUUGGUGAGUCUUGCCGCGAAUUAUUAGGGGUUGCGAUGUGUGGGGAGACAAAUAUUUUGAGUAAAAAUCAAAUUUCUUCAUUGAGGAAGUGCGACAAGUGCGACGAACGGAUUUUGAUGAAACUUGGUACAAAUUUAGAGUAAUUUUUUUGAAGACAUAUGCGACAGUCCUAACUUACGAUAUGCAGAAACCACCGAGAUUUUUCGCUCAAAAGUUGGUGAAAAAUUUACAUUUUUUUCGAAUUUUGGCAUAAAAAGUUUCAUGGCUAUUUCUACCGGAGAGAGUUAUGUCUCCAGAAAAACUCAUUUUUCUCACAAAGAACUAUCAAAAUUACAGGCAAAAAAGUGUUUUUCUCUCUGACCGCUCUCCACGUUUCGCGCAUCUCGGCCACAAGGACCGUUGAAAAUCUCGACUGUCCUUCAAACCACGAGCUAAAUUUCUCAGCUUUCUUUUUGACAAGGAAGGAGUUAUGUGGUGUGGAGUUACAGGUCAUAUGCAAAAUUUUUCUGAUUCAGAAUAUGCAAGGGUUAGCUGCCUAAUUUUGGUUUUUAAGGGUGAAAAAAUCCGCAGAACUUUUCUUGCAACACCACGCGAAUUUUGACGUAUGUCUCGACCUGUAAUUCCAUACCUCAUAGAAAGACUUACCUCUUCAAAAAAGUUCGUUAUAAAGAGCUUUCCUUACAUGGGGCUUCACAAAAUGCGGGCUGAAUUUUACAAUGCCUUUUUGAUCUGUAUACAGAAAAUUUUCAAAAUAUCUGAAAACCAGGCUCGCACUGGGAAUUAUCGACGUUCCAAAGUAUACUCUCCCCCCUCUCCUUAACCUCAAUUUUUUUUCAGUUCAAACGGGUUGACAUACUUGUCCAUGUCCUUUCUUUUAUUCCACAUGUUCCUCAGCAUAACCCUCCACACCACCACGCUCUGGCUGGCCGUAGCGAUGGCCUUCCUCCGCCGCAUGACACUGCACACAACCACGCUGCACUCGCAGUGGCAACGCAGCCGGCUAGCGACCAAGAUCAGUCUUAUUGUGUUCUUCGUGGUGAUGCUGUUCAGUCUGCCGACGUUGUUGGUCCAUCGGAUAGUCGAAUACGAGGCAGAUGUGUGGCGACCGAAACCGAGUUGUAUGGAGUUCUAUCCGGCGAACUAUACGGAGACAAUUUAUACGCUGGCGGUAAGUGGGAUUGUUAAAAGUUUUAUAAAAAUAAUAAAAUUUGUAAUCAUUUCAAAGCCCUUCAACGCCGUCAGUCUGCCGGGAAAAUAAUGGGCAGUCUUUGACGUAAAAAAUAGAGUAAAAAUAGCAAUUGGAUUUUGCCUCGACACAAUUCAUUCUCUCCGCGGCGCACGUCAAACUGAGAUAAGCUAAAACAGUCCAGUGAAUGGAUUGGCAAUUUGCCAAAAAAGACGCGAAAAAACGUUUUGUCGGGGGAGAAAUGGGGAAUUUUUGGGGCGAGAGAGUACGCUUUUGCGUGUCUUUUUUCUCUCUUUCUCUGCGAAAUCAAGACGAAGUGUAAAAAACCGAUCUAUUCCGGUCACCGGACUCCUCAGUUUGACGUGCGGCGAUGCGAUUUUCGAGGCGAUUGAAUGCCCAUUAUUUUCCCGACAGACUGAAAAAGAAACCUUGUUUUUUUGGCAACAUCUUUUUCAAAAUUUCUCAUCCCAACCUCUGUUUCAGAUAGCGCCCACCGCCAUGCAUAACGGGUGUAGGUGGUUCAAGGCGAAUCUGUGGCUAACGGGUACCCUCUUCAAAGUGAUUCCCUGCAUCCUGCUCAUCAUCCUGAUCAGCUCGCUGCUGCUCAAGCUCAAGAACGCCGAGCAGAAGCGCCGCCUCCUCCUGCUGAAUGGAGGCGUGGGGAACGACACGAACAAACGCAUCACCUCCGACAAGACGACAGUAAUGCUGCUCGCGAUUCUGGCCGUCUUCUUGUUCACCGAGUUCCCGCAAGGCAUCCUGUCGAUUCUGAGUGCGGUUUACACGAACGACGUCCACAACAUGAUCUAUUUCAUGUUGGGGGACGUCCUGGACUUGUUGUCGUUGGUGAAUAGCUCGGUCAACUUUGUCUUGUACUGCCUUAUGUCGUCAAGGUAGGGGGGAGGUUUUGAGCAUACAGUGGGACCUGAUACAGUGGCAAAAAACGUGCCACUUUGCAUCCGGGAAGCAUCAAAAAUGUGGCAAAAUACUUCCCUCUAAAAGUGAAAAAAUCCGAUUUCAAAAGCACGCCCGCUCUUUUUGUGAGGAAAAGUGCCUCUUUUUUAGUUGGAGGGAGAGGCAUUUUGCUGCAUUUUUUGAUACUCCCCGGAGGCAAAAUGGCACGUUUUUUGCCACUGGUUCAGUUGCGCCACGUCAAAGAAAAAGUGAAAAAACAAGGAAUCUCGGAUGAUUGAUUUUUGACGAAAUCUCGCUGAAUUAUCGAGUCACAAAGGAAAACUUUCACAGAGAAAUUUUUUUUUCGAGAAAAAUGUUUUUUCAAAAAGAAAAAUCAUUUUUCUAACUCGAUAAUUCUGUGGCACUUGGCAAAAAAUCAAUGAUCCGAGAUUCUAAUUUUACAGGGCGGGGCAUCUUUGUGGCCCGAUUUGAAUUGGCCAUAACUUCUCUUGCUUUUGGCCAAAUCUUGAAAUUCUUUUUUUCCCUGAAUCCUCAGACAUAAAAUAUCGGUCUGUCGGGAAAAUAACGGCGGAUUGUCGCGCCUCGGAGUCGCCCAACAUCGCUCUGCGACUGCAAGCCGCGGCUUGGGAUUUGGUGCGGCGAGGCGAGACAUUUUGAUGCGACGAUCCGCCGUUAUUUUUCCGACAGACUGAUAACUUUUCUAAUCGCAAAAAAUCAAUGAUCCGAGAUUCCUUGUUUUUUGAAUUUUCAAAAAAGAAUUUUUUUGACCUGCUUGAAAACGGAUUUUUUUCACUGGUAGAGGGAAGCAUUUUGCCGCAUUUUUGAUGCUUCCCGGAUACAAAAUUUUACGUUUUUUGCCACUGGAUCAGGUCCCACUGUACUAGUCCAGAAAAGGGCAGGCCGUGAGCGAGGUUUAUUCUUUCUAACCUCGUAAAACACAUGCAAAAUUGUCAUCAUUUUUUGAAAGCUCAACAAAAUGUUUUUCAGAUAUCGCCACACAUUCUGCACAACAAUCCUGCCGGUCACCUGGCUCCGCUGCAGUGGGCUUCGAAGCCAAACACAGCCGAAUGUGGCGCUCUUCACGAACACCGACUUCCCUUCGCGGAUGAACAAUGUGGAAGUGUGUUUGACGCCGGAUGGACGGAGAAGGUGAGAAUUGAAUUUAUAUAUCUCAUUUAAUAUUAUCAAAGUCAAUGUUUGUAUCAUCAAUCUGUCGGGAAAACAAUGUGGAUUUGUCGCAGAUUUAUCAUCCGCGGUUAGCCGUCGCAAAACGAUGAUAGCCCACUCCAAGACGCCACAAAUCCACAUUAUUUCCCCGACAGGCCGAAAUCAGCCUGUCGGGAAAAUAAUGAGCACUCUGUCGGAGCGAAAAUCGCAUCAGAAAAUAAAUUGUGUCGCCGCAAAAUCAACUUGCUUUCCAGUUCAGCGACGCUAUCGGCGCAGCGACAUUCUGCUAUUAUUUUCCCGACAGACUAGUAUAAAAUUUUUCCUAAAGUGCAUGGAUAUUUGCAAUGUUUAUUUCGCUGAAAAAACAUGCCGAAAUAUUAAUAAUAUUAGGUUGAUGCAUAAUUAUCCGGCGUUUUUAUUGGCGCGUUUUUUUAGUUAAAAGUAGUUAGUUAAAAGUUAGUUAAGUACGGUUUUCGACACGAAUUUUAUUAAAUAAAUAGAGAAGAUUAUUUUUACGAAAAAAAAAGUUAAAAAAACGUAAAUUUUAACUAACAAAAAACCCGCCAAUAAAAACGCCGGAUAAUUAUGCAUCAGCCUGAAAUUUGCGCCCAGCUCCAUCAAAAUCCGAGCGUCGCACUUUGAGCAAUUCGUCCCUGAAUACCCAUUGAUCAGUUUCAGGUCCAGCCCGGCGUUCCGCACGGUCCGCGAGCCGCUCAUCGCGCAAGCCCGACUGCCGUUGUCCGCACGUGCCUCUCGCGGAUGA